UUUUUCCAGGCUGUGUGUAAAAAAUCGGCAAAAUCAACGCAGCAGCUUAAAUAUACAUACAUAGUUGAAGUUGAAAACGCGUAAACAGCGCGCGCGACAAAACAUAAAAUCAACAAACAGCAAACGAGAAUGGCACCAAUGCCCAGCAUGAAAGGCGUCAAGCCCAAUACAAACUUCCUCUAUGCUGAGGCUGAUUCACCGGGCGAUACAAGUCCAACGCCCUCAACGCCGCCCUCCAGCACAGCAGAUGCCGCCAAAUCACAAUGUUCCUCACUCUCGGACGGUGAAUCAUAUGAGGGCUAUGGCGAAAACGAAGUGCGCGGCCAGCACCAUCAUCAACGCACUGCAUCUAGUGCAUCGGCCGGCUUGUUACGCAACGAUGUUGCCAACAAUAAUGGCAGCAGCAGCAGUACGGUCGCCGGUGGCAGUAGCGUUGGCGGUGUGGAAUUAGAGCUGGCGCCACAUGACAACGCUACUACGACGCCAAACAACGAUGACGAGUUGAGCAUCAUUCCACGCGACAAUUGGGCACGCAUGAGUCUACGUCGCACCACCACCUCAUCUAGCAAUCCUGACAGUCUAACGAAUCGUCGUUGGGGUUCUAUGAGACAGUAA